UCAAGCGCCAUCCGCCGAGAAUGGAUCCGAGCGUUAUUUCGUUGGUGUUGAUAAUCGUCGUGCUGACCUUGAUCUAUCGUCGUCUGACGCGUCGCAAUGAUUACUUCCACGAUAAACCAAUUCCCUCAAUGGCGGUCCAGCCGGGACUAGGAAGCACCGGACCAUUGAUUCUGCAUCGGGUUUCCUUCAACGAUUUCAUCUAUUCCAUCUACAACAAGUAUCCCGGGGUCAAGGUGUUCGGACUGUUUGAUUUGACCACACCGAUGUUUGUUCUGCGGGAUCCGGAACUGAUCAAGGCGGUUGGAGUGAAAGAUUUUGAUCAUUUCGUUGACCGGAGGCAGAUAUUCGGGGACUGCACCAAUGAUAGUCCCGAUGUGUACUUCAACAAAAUGCUGGUAAUGCUGACAGGCCAACGAUGGCGGGACAUGCGUGCAACCCUGAGCCCCGCCUUCACCGGCAGCAAAAUGCGUCUGAUGCUGAACCUCAUGACCGAUUACUGCGGCCAAGCCAUUCCGAUCCUGAAACAACAAGCCCUCGAUAAUGGGGGUUAUUUGAACUACGAAAUGAAGGAACUGUUCAAUCGGAUGGGCAACGAUAUCAUCGCCACCUGUGCCUUUGGUCUGCAGGUUGAAUCGAUCGGAAACAAGACUAACAAUUUCUACAUGAUGGGCAAGCAGCUGACAAAUAUGAAUCGAUGGAAACCGAUAUUGAAGGCCAUAACGAUGAGACUGUUUCCUUCUUUGCUGAACAAAUUCAACAUUGACAUUUUUGAUCAGGAGCAAACGCAUUAUUUUGCUGAUAUAAUUCGAGAGGCUGUCCGUACGCGUGAAGCAAAGGGUAUCGUGCGACCGGAUAUGAUUCAGAUGUUGAUGCAGGCUCAGAAGGGAACGCUGAAACAUGUUGAAGAAAGCCACACGGAAUCAGAGGCAGGAUUUGCCACAGUUCAGGAGUCGAACGUUGGAAAACAAUCGGUAGCUAAAUCAAUGACCGAACCAGAACUAAUCGCCCAAUGCUUGAUAUUCUUUUUGGCUGGAUUUGACUCUAUUUCAACGAUGUUGAUGUUCAUGAGCUACGAGUUGGCACUUCAUCCGGAAAUUCAACAAUGUCUGUACGAAGAAGUCCGCGAAACGCACAAUAAGCUCGAGGGAGAACCUAUAAAUUACGAAACGCUCCAACAAAUGAAAUACAUGGACAUGGUGGUAUCGGAAACGCUUCGCUUUUGGGUUCCGGCAGCAAUCGACAGACUUUGCAUCAAAGAUUACACCCUAGAUGACGGAAAUGGCCUCAAAUUCACCAUCGAAAAAGGCACUGCAGUUUGGUUCCCAUCCUACGGAAUUCACCACGAUCCCAAGUAUUAUCCCAAUCCGGAAGUGUUUGACCCGGAACGAUUCAGUGAUGCCAACCGCAGGAAUAUCAACAUGGAUGCCUAUUUACCAUUUGGGGUGGGGCCGAGGAAUUGUAUCGGAUCACGUUUUGCCCUGAUGGAGAUGAAGGCCCUUAUCUAUGCCGUUUUGCUGGAGUUUAAAUUGGAACGCACCGAAGAGACUCAAGUGCCGUUAAAAAUGGCAAAGGGAUUCGUUAGUAUUCAAAGUGAGAAAGGAGUUCAUCUGAGAGUUCAACUGAGGAAUCAGUCCUGAAGCUUUAAAAGGGGAAAAUCGGAGAAAAAAUUUAAAAUGUUUCUAGAUUUUAUUUAUGACCAAAUAAAUCCAAUCCUCAGUCGAAUGUGGAAUAAUUGAAGCUUUGAACAUUUUUGAUCUUCUAUGCUUUCUAAUGAAAAUUUCAAAUUUCACAAAAUAUCUAGUUUUUUCAUUAUGUAGGAAAAAAAA